GGAUGUCACGUGAUGUCCCACAACAAGACCCACGUGACCUGCUCCUGUGAACAUCUCACCAGCUUUGCCGUGCUCAUGUCUUACUCCGCUCACGAACAGGGGAUAAAUUACAAGACGAAGGAGUUGGACUUCAUAACCUACUUCGGCUGCUGUUUGAGUCUCGUCUCAAUGUUGCUUGCAUUCGUCACGUUCACCUGCUUCAAGAACUUGCGAUGCGAUCGAAACAGCAUCCACAAAAACUUAGUCGCCAACCUUUUCGUAGCUGAGUUGAUCUUCUGUCUCGGAAUCAAUCAACAGUGCAUGCCUACACUCUGCAGCGUGAUAUCCAUCUUGCUUCACUACUUCUUCCUGACCUCAUUCUGCUGGAUGUGCAUGGAAGGCGUCCACCUCUACAUCCUCGUCGUCGUCGUCUUCAAUGGUGCUACAUCUCACCUCAAGUACUAC